GCAAGUAAUAUAUAAUAUCCAACAGCAGUUUCCAGUGUUGGUUCUCUAAGAGAAUGCAGAAACUUAUAAAGGCAGUUUUUCUGUUUGCAUUACUAAGCUUGGAUGAGCGAAUAGAAUCUAAAUCCAGAAACAAUGAACUUUGGCAUGAAAUAUAUAUAUGCUCUUCUGCUCAGCAAUAGAUAAUUUCUGUUGGUUAACCACUCUAAAGCUAAAAGGUGAAUGAUGAGGUUGGUUCUGUAUACGGUUACAAUGAGUACUAUAUUAACUUUAUUGUAAUCUGCUUUCAUUUAAUAAAGAUCUUUUACUAGUUAUCAUGGCUUUCACUGUUUUUUAGUCUUUUAACAAACUCCUGCCAAAGAGUGCAUGAACAGAGUACCGUUGUUUAUCUUUUCUAGUUAUUCUAAGCCUCUUGACUGAGAUACUAAACUGUCCGUUUGAUUUCAAAAAUAAAAUUAAUUAAGAUAAGAAUGGUGAUAAUGAUGAUGAUGGUAAUGAUAAUCUUACACAAUGCAUCCCACAUUGAUUAAAAUUACUAGUGAAUGAGGACCACAUUAAGUUUGUGAACAUUUAGUAUGAGUAGUAAUCAUGCCAUUAUCAUCUUACACAAUGCAUGCCACAUUGAUUAAACUUAGUACUGAAUGACUGCCACGUUAAGUAGGUGAACAUUUAGUAUUAGUAGUAAUCAUGACUUGCAAUGAUUUCUGGUCUUUUAACAAGGCCAACACAUGCUACUUAACAAUUCUAGUUACCUUUAAAAUUUUUCAUUUUUGUACCACUAUGUUCAUAAGAUGCAGUAAUGCUACUCAAAGUAUAUUUUAGUUACCUUCAAGCGUUUGAUUUGCUAAUCUUUUUAACUGUAGUUUCCGCUUCUUCUGAAGUGCGGCCUCCUGCAACGCCUCUCCUCUGACACCGACGACGGAGGCACGCCAACCCCAGUUUCCCUCCAUGACUUCCCGGGAGGUGAGGAGGCAUUUGAGCUCUGCGCAAAGUUCUGUUACGGCAUUGCAAUUAGCCUUAGUGCUCACAACUUUCUCCCCGCCAUCUCCGCCGCCCGGUUCCUCCGUAUGACUGAGUCUGUGGCCAAAGGCAAUCUAGUGAUGAAGCUAGAGUCAUUCUUUGAAGCUUGCAUCCUCCAUGGAUGGAAGGACUCCAUUGUUACACUGCAGUCAGCUGGAAGGCUACCAACAUGGUCUGAGAAUCCAAGGAUAGUCCGGCCUUGCAUCGACGCCGUGGUUGAGAAAAUUCUCACUCAUCCUUCAAAGGUCAAUUGGUCCUUCACGUACACCAGGCCAGGCUACGACCAGAAGCAACACCGAUCAGUCCCAAAGGACUGGUGGACAGAGGACGUCUCCGAGCUCGACCUUGACCUCUUCCGCUCGAUCAUCUCCGCCGUGCGGUCAUCGAAGAAGCUCCAACCACAGCUCAUCGGUGAAGCCCUGCACGUCUACGCGUGCAAGCACCUGCCAGACCCAUUUCAAACUUUCGCGGCCGCCGAGAGCUCCGCCGCCACCGAAGAAACCCUAACCAAGAACCGGAGAGUGCUCGAGUCCAUCGUCAGCAUGAUCCCCAGCGACCACGGCUCCGUCUCCGGCCGCUUCUUGCUCAAACUCCUCAAGGUGGCGAACCAAUUGGGCGCAUCGCCAUCAACGAUGGCGGAGCUCGUGAGAAGGUCAGGGCGGCAGCUGGAGGAGGCGACGGCGGAGGACCUCCUCUUUCCAUCACCGACGCAUCCGAGCUCAUUCGACAUCGGAAUCGUGGAAGCGAUCCUGGAGAACUUCUUAGCCCAGCAACGGCGGCAAUUAGGGCAUGAGGAGAGAGAGCGGAUGGCCAGCGCCAUGGCGAGAGUAGCGCAGGUCUUCGAUUCCUACUUGCAAGCCAUUGCGCAUGAUCCUCGUCUCUCAGUGACGAAGCUCAUCGAGCUCGCCGAGUCUUUGCCGGAGAUUGCCCGGCAGGACCACGACGAGCUCUACCACGCCAUUGAUACGUAUCUCAAGGAACACCAAGAGCUGAGCAAGGAAGAGAGGAAGAGACUGUGCAGGGUGGUAGACUGCCGGAAAUUGUCCGCCAAUGCACGGUCAGAUGCCAUAGCAAACGAUCGGUUGCCAUUGAGGACGAUAGUUCAGCUGCUUUUCGUCGAGCAAGAGAGAGCACGCCGAGCAAGCAGCAGCCGUGGCACACCACAUCAUCGGCCCUCCAUUGAAAUCGCCAAUAACAGAGCAGAAGGUCCGGUAGCCACCGUAAAACCUGAAAGCAGAGAAACAAUGAGGAUGGAGCGGUCAAGAUCGGUGUCAGAGUUGAAGGCUGUGAAGAAGGAGAGGGAGGCCGAGAAGGCUGCCAGCUCAGGGGAGAAACUGAAAGUGAAGUAAUAAUAACAAACAAAGAAGUUGGUUGCAAGAACAAUACAUGCAUGAUCUGCAACCUCUAGACUCCAGCUCUUCACCAAUCUUCCAUUCAUUUGAUAUGUUUGCAAAUCCAUUCAUGAUUUUUUACUUCUCACCUGAUGGUAAUAUGUUGCGAAGAACUACGAGGGCAUGAGGGGAUGUGUUUCAGAGAUGUAAUGAGAAAUGAAUCAAAUCUUGUGAA